CAUACAAACAAGUCAAAAUUUCCAGUCUCAUGAACCAUUUUCGCUAAAAACUAAAUCAAAAUCUAAAUGAUUCCAUUUCAUUUGGGCAUGAAUCAAAAGUUAAGUUCUUUUUUGUUGAAAAACGCUUUUUUGACCCUCAAAAAAUUGUUUCACAAAUCAAGCUUCCUAUCGAGUCACUACGAUACCCUCAAAGUUAAAACCGACUGCACUUCAAAAGAAAUCAGAGAGUCCUUCAUUAAACUGUCCAAAAAAAACCAUCCGGAUGUCAACAAGAAUCCCAACGCUCAUAAGGAGUUUUUGAAAAUACAAGAAGCUUACAAUGUUUUGGGUAAACCUAAUAGCAGAGCUAUGUACGAUUUGGGAAGGUCGAGACCUAGAUAUAGUCAUAGGCGAGGGACUUAUUAUGCUUAUUCGAGAACUGCACCAAGAUAUACAUCGGGAAGUGCAUGGGAUGAUCCAUCCUUCUACGCCAACAGAGACAAAUCCCAAUUCAAAGAAAGACCAGCAGAUUCCUACUACGGCUUUAAAGGCAUGAAACGAGUAUCAAACGGUACUUUUGCCCUAAUAGUUGUAGCCUUUGCCACUGUAGCUUUCAUGAUUCAAAUGGUCAUCCUACGGUACGUUUUCAUGAAGCAACAAAAUAAAAUGAGACAAAAAUCCAUGGAAUUGCAAGCAUUACUAAACGAUCUACAAGAAACAGCGGAAAAGAAUGGUAAUAAGAAGCAAGUUGAGAUUGCCAGGCAACGAUUCGAAGCCAAGGAACGAUGGGAAGCCGAGCAAAAAGCAAUGAAAAAAUAGACAAAAUGUGUGAUUUUAAAUUAAUAGAAUAUUUUUACAAGAGUUUCAAUAUUUUCAGUUGGAAGGAUGCUACAUUAAACCUGAAACGAGACAAGUAGUAUUUUGCGAGUUUGAAGUAUUGAAGGGGAGUGUGGUAGAAUGGGUAUUUAGCUGCUUACGGAAACACUAGGAUCAGUUCGAUCAGUAUCAGCUGUUCAAGGAUUAGUGAACUAUCUAGGAGUGGUCAAAUUGUCAAGCUGUUAAUUUAAUUGUAUAAACGUUUUUGCUACUGUCAACUAAAAUAAAACUG